AUGGAGAAUCCUGCGGCCCAGCAACCUUUCCUACGUCUAGUCGAAGCAAAUAUAGUGUUAAUGUGCCGGCCCGACACAUACACUGCAGCUGUAAACCAUUUGCAAAACCAUUGUUUGCAGCAUAAUAAGGAGGUUCUCGACAAGCUCGAUCUUGAAAGCGGUAUUCACAAACAAUAUCAAGACCAGGUUUCACUAUGGCGUGCCCACCUAGCUCGGGAGAGUACGGAUGCUUCUGCAGAGAUUAUUUUUCCAAAUCAGUCUUUCGGUAACUUUAAUGGCGGGGCUACUGGGCUUUAUAAUGGAACCGUUAAUUUCAUUCAGGGACCACCGGAUCCUACACUUCCUAGGGCGAAGAGGACGAGUUAUUGGGAGGGGUUACGAGCGAAACAUCACGAUAUCCAUGGAAUCUGUCUCGUCAUACCUUCUAGCGACGAAGCAAGACAUUUGAAUGCUAAGGUAAGCGAUUGGAUUCAGUGGUGUGAUAAUUUCCAUCAACAGACACUGUUUCAGCUUUUCUUCCAGCAAACAGAGCUUUAUAUAACCCACUUGAACCCAAUUACAACCUACGACGCCAAUUUCUCGCGCAAAAAUUGGUUAGGAAGGGGUAUACGGCAGUUCCAUCUGGGAAGCCAACAAGGAACUAUCUGCUUCCUCAAGACCGUAACCGUCGAUUUGCCUCCGAAAGAUCAUUCUUUCGGCGACAAUCAUAUAAAACCCGGCCAAGAAGAUACGGAAGACCUAUAUCAAGAUGAUGCUACUCCCCCAAUAUUGAAAAAAGCCCGUUUGUCGAGUCUCAAUAAAGUACUUGUGAUAGCUGUAUUCGAAAUGCGCGAGCUUCUUCAAACGGAAUAUUUAAAAACAGCGAAACAAUACCGCGCCAUUGAGGACUCGGUUCAAAGAAUAGAGAAUGAGAUAAGGAUGUUUGAGCUUUCUCUGCUACAGAAAGAGGAUGAGAGGGCUUACCUUACAACUCCGAAAAAGCUCGAACUUAUGAAAGAUAUCUCACAGAGAUAUCAGAGGAGUUUCGAAUUCAAUAUUAAAGCUGAAUCCCACAUUAGAUAUUUUGACCUGGACCCUCCUGAAGUAAUAGGGAAAUGGGACCCCAUACACCCACCGACAGUUGAUCCCAUUAAUCCGAAGCGCUUUAUUGGAAAACUUACAGAUACCGAAGCUUUACCCUUUAUAAACUCUAGACUACUACGGGAUACUGAUAUACAAGGUUCAGACUGGUUUACACUGCGCCUUUUCGGUUACCGCCACGAAAUUCAUGCAAAAGAAGUUCGUAUCAUAGAGAACGAAAUCCAGCAAAUUCGAAAAAAACUUCAGAAUACGACAAGACUCCUAGAAAGUCAUACAGAGCAGCAGAGAAACGUAUAUAAAUCGAACGAGACACAAAAGGAAAUGUUGUCUAUUUGUCGAAAAGAUAUUCAAAGGCUUGACCAUACUGAGCAGCUGGAUUGGGAUUUUGACAAAGUCCGACAGUAUUUGGCAGAGUCUAGUAUCCGUGAGAUAUCAUCAGAAUACGGGUUGAAAAGUCGCAUCCCGAAAGAAAUUUCUCCAGUCGACUUCCAAAUACCUAAAAUCAAAGCUAUGGGCGUCGACAUUUUCAAAAUCUUAUCCGGAAAGUCGGGGGAACAACUCAUUCAUAUUUUGGAGACUUUCGUCCCGAGACUAAAAAGCUACGAGGACAGUAUUCAACAAUCGUUUGGUGCUACAAUGUCAACGGGGUUUAUGAAGGUCAAACUUGGGGUUCCUACUAUUUUCGAACAAGAAAAGAUUUGGGGCGAGGAUGAGGACGAAGAUGACGAGUGGUCGGAAACUCGAUCUCAGUUACGAUCAAACUCUGAAGACUACCUGUCUCCAGGGUCCGGUGCAUUUUCGAAACCGACUGAGACCGCUACAAAAAACCAUGAGGAAGACUAUACAAACCUCUUAAGAAAAGCCGUUGACGUUAAAAAAAUCCUCAAAGACAAAUGGAAUACGAGCUUAGAGCUUAGCGAGACUUUUCGCACACCCUUUUUCGAAGCUAUGACAAAUUUCUAUGAGGGAAUGGACACCCUACUUUCUCAGGAAAUACGGGAACUAUUUAUAUUAGAUACAAAAGCUUUCAAGGAUGGUGAAGCCGUUCAUGAGAGUGACUUUCUUGAGAUUGGAACAUACGCAAAUCUUCUCCAUCAUGCAGCCGCUCUCCAAGCGAUAUCUGAUUUCUUAUAA